ACGGUUGGAAAACGCGGGGAGUCUUCGAAUAAGGAACAUAUUACAGGCUCGCUUCAAAUUCUCUACCAGCAGCAUUCAUGCUUACUUUCUCAUUUAUCUUUUCGCCCAACGCUCACAUCUUCUCACACACAGACACAGAUGACAGUUUGACGGUGUAUCCGCAGGCCAUUCUUCGGCGAGAUUCGUUUUGACCCAUUCACAGCUCCCCAGGAUUGCACAUCCUCUUGCCGAGCAUGAUGCGCAUGACGACAGGCCUGACUGCCGUUGGGAAAUAGCGCGAAUAGAGGAAUUUUCCCCUCCCAGUCGGUCCCGCCCCGUAUAACCUCUUUAUUUUGGAGUUUGCCGUCGAUCCACUCAUAUUUCUCGAUUCGCCCAGGCACAGGAUAUCGAAGGAGAUUCAAGAAAUAGUACCAGAUUGUGUCCGCUUUGGCACUUGCAACCCGUGAUAACGGACCUUACGAACCUGGGAAUGCUUUGCUGACACAACUAGGACGCCUUAGUGGAUCGGAGACGCUAUCAUAACAAGCUCGCAAAUCUUAUCCUCGACUAGGCCGCCAAAUAUGAUCGUGACCGAGGUCGACAUGCCCCUGGUUCAUUCACCGAGAACUCGAGGCCUGAGGAUGCCGUCGGGUGUGCAUCAAAUCAUCCAAAGUCAAUCUUUCAACGUUCUCGGUGGAAUUGCAAGACGCUUGGACUUGCGUUAUAUGCAGUUUCCCAGCGUUCAGUGGGCGACUCUCUUGAUGCCAUCUCUACGCUGUAUGUCGUACACAUUCCUGGUGGUCCCCAGGAUAGUCGGAUGCCCGGAUGGUCAUUCUAGCCCAAUCGCCAGACUAGUCGACAUUGUUUGCAUGACCCUGAAAUUGACUUUGUCGACGACAGAUAUAGCGUGGACCAGCGUAAAAUGGUCGGUGGCCUCCACACGCCCGUUUUGGCCCGACGUUUCCCUUGAUGGGAUAGCUCCCGAGGCAAGACAGGUGCUAUCUCAUGUUUUGACAGCGGGCCGUCUAUCACAGGACUACCUCGUGUUCUUAAGCUUGAGGGUGGCAAUAUGUGGAAACGUAUCCACCUCGUCCUUGCGGCCGCGGAGAUCUUGUGUUUUUCGUGGCCACUGGGCGUCCACCGUGUUCAUUCAAGCCACCAGCUGGAGGUCGGAGACUAAUUGUAUUUCCACCAUUAGUGGGCUGAAAUGCAAUCACUUGAGAAGUGUAUAUUCGACAAGGUCGACUCUCGAAAUGCUGCUUUUGAUCGAAGCCGACACUUGCUGCAGGCUUACAACACACUUCUGAUUGACAGACGGGCAUUGGGCCGUCUAGUGAAACUCAUGCGCUUAAACUCAAGAAUGUGAUUUGCCUGCUAGCCAUGUCCGCUGAUUGGCUCGUACAAGUUGUGAUAACUUCUCAACGCUACAGUGUCGUCGAAUUUCAAACUCUCGUAUAUGUCACCGAAGAUGUAUAACGUAUGAGUAUUACUAUAUACUACAUCAGGCACCUCUUCCACCACCCGUGAUUCACGAUA